AUGGCUUUCGUAGAAACAAAGCUUACACAGAAUACUUUACCUUCCCAGGUUUUUCAGUUCUUGAAUGCAAAAUGUGAGUCUGCAUUCCUUUCCAAGAGAAACCCCCGUCAAAUCAACUGGACUGUUCUGUACAGGCGUAAACACAAGAAAGGACAGUCAGAAGAGAUACAAAAGAAGCGCACACGCCGUGCUGUUAAGUUUCAGAGGGCUAUCACUGGUGCAUCUUUAGCUGAGAUUAUGGCUAAGCGAAAUCAGAAGCCUGAAGUACGAAAGGCGCAGAGGGAACAAGCUAUUAGGGCUGCAAAAGAAGCCAAGAAGGCUAAGCAGGCAACCAAGAAAACAGCCGUUUCUGCUGCAAAGGCUCCUACAAAGGCAGCACCUAAGCAGAAGAUUGUGAAACCAGUCAAGGUUUCUGCUCCCCGUGUUGGUGGAAAGCGCUAACUUGCCAAACUGUUAGUUAUGCUGAAUAAACAUCUGACUAACUUUCA